AUGAGUGUUCUCGAACAACUCAAGUCUGCUUCUGUGGUUGUAGCUGAUACUGGAGAUUUCAACGCCAUCAAAGAGUUCCAGCCCACUGAUGCUACCACUAAUCCAUCUCUCAUUUUGGCUGCUUCCAAGAUGGAGCAAUACGCUGCAUUGAUCGACGAAGCUGUCGCAUAUGCGAAGGAACACGCCACUGGUCAUCAUGGUCAUCAGCAAAUCGUUCAGGCGGCCAUGGAUCGUCUAUUCGUUGUCUUUGGAAAAGAAAUUCUGAAGACGAUUCCAGGAAGAGUUUCCACUGAAGUUGAUGCUCGUCUCUCUUUCGAUUCUCAAGCAUCGAUUGAUCGAGCACUCGGACUUAUUGCUCAAUACGAGAAGGAAGGAAUUUCGAAGGAACGCAUUCUUAUCAAAUUGGCUUCUACAUGGGAGGGAAUCCAAGCUGCCAAGUUCCUCGAAUCACAGCACGGAAUUCACUGCAAUAUGACACUUCUGUUCAAUUUCGAGCAAGCAGUUGCCUGUGCUGAAUCUGGGGUUACUCUCAUUUCUCCAUUCGUUGGUCGCAUCAUGGAUUGGUUUGUGAAAAACACCGACCAGAAGGCCUACACUCGCAAGGACGAUCCAGGAGUUGUCAGUGUUACCCGUAUCUUCAACUAUUACAAAAAGUACGACUACAAGACUCAAGUGAUGGCUGCUUCAUUCAGAAACACCGAGGAAAUCAAGGGACUUGUUGGAUGUGACCUUCUCACUAUUUCCCCCGCUCUCCUGAAACAACUUGCUACAGAAACAGAAGCUGCGCCUGUUGUUCUCAGCACCUCACACGUCGCUACUCACCGGGAAGCCGCGACGCGACCGCGCUACAAUUUUUCAGCCAAAGAAUUGGAUCUUCCAAAGGUCACCAUUGACGAGAAGACUUUCCGAUGGGCUCUGAAUGAGGAUGCAAUGGCCACAGAGAAGCUUGCUGAAGGAAUCCGCAACUUCGCGAAAGACGCCAGAACUCUUGAGAAACUGAUUGAAGCUAAAAUCUAA